AUGGUGGGGCUCCAGUCGUGGCCUUUCUCACUUUUUCUCCUCUUAGUUCUGCUCUCUGCCAGCGUUCAGACUGUGUCCUUACCAGAACAGAGGCUACAGAUGCUCCUUUCCCAGUUGCUGCCACUGGAGCCCGAGUCCACGCCAGCUGAAGACGACACAAAGGAAGGGUCCAGCUUUGGCCCUCAGUUGCUCUCCUCCACCCUCCCUUUCCUCCCGUCUGGGGUUAGAGCUGCGCGUCCCUCUCUCUGGCGCAAGACCCUCGCCAGUCGCAAGUGGGCACUGCCUGGAGAUUGGGCCUGGAAGGCCAUGACCAGGGGCUGCUUUGGGCUGAAACUGGACCGGAUUGGGACCCUCAGUGGUUUGGGGUGUUAGCCUUGGAGGGGUGCCAAGGUGAGAGGGCCAGCAGUGAGGGCUCAAACAAGCAGACCAGGGAGAAUUAAGGCGACACUUGAGAGCACAGACAGUGGGGAGGACCAGGAGCGAGGGGACGGGGCAGUGGGGCAGGAAGUGGGGCCACCACCUGCCUGCAGCCCUGGCAAAGGCUGGGACGCGGGACCACCUGUGCUACCAGGGUUGUGCUGGGGGCCCGGCGAGGGAGUGAGAGCAGGCAGGCUGCACGCCACUGGGUGGCUCACCAGCCCUGCUUCUCCACAGCCAGAGAAGACACAGGCGCUCACGGCACUGGCUUGGGAACCAGUACGGCAUGCCGGCGACCGAAUCUGUGAAGACCCUGUCCUGAAGGAGAGCGGCAGCAGCGGGGAAGCAGCACGGCGGUACUAGGAGGAGCUGCCCGGCUCCACGGCUGCCCCUCUGCCACAGGACCCCUGCUCCGCUGGCAGCCUCCCUCCCUCCUCUCUGUGCUUCAGGACUCGCUUGCUAAUUAAACAGAGCUGUACUAAUCGCCGCGUCUCAGCUCGGCAG